AUGACGCACGCGAAACUCUCGGACCAACUACUCCAUCACUUCACCCAGUCCUUCAGGGACAGGGAAGUUUACUGGCUAGCCAGAGAGCGAUCCAAAGUUCAGAAAGACAUCUUAGUAAUGAUCUUGGAUACCUUCGAUCACGCCAAGCUGUCUUUGCCAAAAUGGCAUCGCACACCGAAGCGCGCAUUGUACGAGAAUACCAGACGUACUCAAUUAACCUUGACGGCAACGAUUGUGCACGGGUACGGCGUGUAUAUGUUUAUUGCAGACGAGGGUCAAGCCCUGGGUUCCAACUGGACUUUUGAGGUGGCCAUGCGCUCCAUCGACAAGGCAUGGAAGCAAUCGCGGGUGAAAGCAGCUCCGUUUCCAACAGAGGUACUCCUGCAAAAGGUGGGACCACUCUUUGUCAAGCAAGGCUUGGAGUUCACCGUCGAGUUCAUCGAGACAGUGAGGCUAUGGUGUCAGUGCAUGCCGAGCACAAGCACCUUGUAUGGGGCCUACAAGACCAGAAAGUCAGAUGAAUCCCAGAACAUGAAAGUCCCGCAGUCCUUCACAUUCAUGCGGAGGGAAGUCAUGCCAAACCUUCCAGCUGCAGAUCUUGAUCAAAAGCUGCCACCACGGCUGAGAUCAGCAGGAAGCCAGAAAGAUGUUUUUGUUAUGGUCAAGGCCAACAUGAGUGAUUCAGGCCUCUCGCAACCACCCUUGCUAGUUUUUGCAGAAUCCUUCCUUCCAGCUUGCCAACAUUUCUGGAGCACCAUCAACUCUACUGAGCAGACCUGUCGAGCUGUCCUGGAUGAGGAGCGACGUCAGGAAAUCGAAUCACUCCUGAAGGCUCUUCGUGAGGACUUCCCACACUUGACCCGGACCUUCAGAUACUACGAGAGCUUGCUGAACAAUGACCGGCCAAGGCAGCCCUAUGAACAGAUUGAGUUCAUCUCCAAUGGACCAAGUGCAGCUGACCGGGUAGCCCGGUUGGAGCUGGGUCAGCGGCCUGAUCCACCGAGGCCUCAUUGGCUUCAAGUUGUUGCGAAGAAGAACCUCGGGGAACAUGUCAACGCAGUGUUUGGGGAUGUAAGCACUCGAGAGAAGGCCAGGCUCCAGUCAGUCAAUUUUGAGAGGGGCAAACCUUCUGCUUGCGUGCCCUUGCAGGUGAUUGAUCGCCUGGUGAUGUGUGCCUUUGAGAGGGAUGAUGCAAGGCCUGUCUUGACUCUAGUUCCUCGCUCAUCGUUGAAGGAACUAUGGCUGCCCCUGAGCGCGUUCAACAUCGAUAGAGAUGCCAAGAACGGGUGUCAGGGACUCAAUGAAUGGGAUGAUCGGCAAUUGGAACACCCGCAUGUCAAGGCCAUGCUUGAGAGUUUCCGUAUUGUUAGAUGUGCAUUUACUUGGUACGACAAUCCAGCUCACCACUACCUCUACAGCUUGAGAGCCUUUGCUAUCGAAAUAGUUUGUGAUUCACAGCUGCGUGCACCAGAUGGUUUCAUCGACGUGCUCCACCAACACUAUGACGGGUACCCUCACGCCUCGUCUGGUGUGAUCCUGGAAGUCCUUGCCGAUGACUUCUGGGUCCCUGGCAGCGUGAGUCGUCAGGACGACCCACAGUAUGCAGGAGUUGGACAGUUUAAGGAGGUCUUGGAGGUGACAAAAGAUGCGACCAUGAUGACUUUGAGCGCCAAGUUGGCACAGGUGAUGCUACCAAGGCGAAGGAGCCUGGACCACGAUUUGGCUGGCGUGCUCAAAGCUGCGCAGCCUUUUGAGUGGGAGCGGGUGUCAUUCAUCCUCGAGGUGGGUUUUGAAGUGUUCAAGGGCAGUGCUAUAAAACUCUCAUCUCAAACUCAGUUUGGCAUAGUACUCUUUCAACCUCCACAGUGGAUAUCAACAUAUGCUCACAUAUUACGCAUAUUAUGGUGCUCAAACCGUUGGAGUUGUUUUCAGCAAUUUAAUUACAGACCUAUUAUAUACAGACCUGAAGUCAAAUGUUUUGCUUUAUGUUUGCCCUGCAGAUCCGUGGGCAUACAGUGGAGGAGUACAUCAGUAGUGCCCAGGACAGGAGCAAGAACGCCCGGGAAAGAUCGAUCUUGGCAGGGUUUGAGGCGUGGAAGGAGCACCUCAGAGCUGACCAAAUCUCUUUCGACUCCCAACGCAUUCUGA